GGCGCGCCCUGCGCGGCCCGACUUCCGGCGCCGGUACGGUUGAGUUUCCAGAGCCAUGGAGAGCGGCUUCGGCUCGGAUUUCGGGAGCUCAGGAGGCGGGAAGCUGGACCCGGGGGUCAUCAUGGAGCAGGUGAAAGUGCAGAUUGCCGUGGCCAACGCGCAGGAGCUGCUGCAGAGGAUGACGGACAAGUGCUUCCGGAAGUGCAUCGGGAAGCCGGGGGGUUCCCUGGACAAUUCGGAGCAGAAGUGCAUCGCCAUGUGCAUGGACCGCUACAUGGACGCCUGGAACACCGUGUCCCGCGCCUACAACUCGCGGCUGCAGCGGGAGCGAGCCAACAUGUGAGCGGGGGCGCCGGGACCGUCCCUGCAGGCGACCAGAAGGCCACCCCGACCCCCUGCUUCCUUCCUCACUUCCUCAUCAGUGUUCCCGGAGACUAUGACCGCAGCGAGGCGGGGGCCAGCCAGUGGAUCCCGCCCACGGCCUGUGGGGAAGCGGCGGGGGGCCCAGGGAGAUUCUGCCCCACCCGGCCAGGGGGGACCGGCUGGGGUUUCGUGGUCCCCGUGCCUCCCAAGGUGCUAGCAUCCCACUGGCACCUCCUUCCGACUUGAAAGCCGGCAGCCCCUCCCGGGCGUGCCCAGGGUCUCCCUUGUUUGGACCUUUUGGAGAGCGGGGAGACCCCACCUGAACUGUGACCUCUUGGGAGCAAAUAAAUUGCAAAAGGGGGUGCAGAGAGAACCUCGGGCAUUU